AUGUACGAGAUCAGCCCGUACGCCACGUUCAGCAUGGCGGCCGGCGCGGGCGCGGGCGCCGAGCGCGCGGAGGAGCCGCUGGCGGCGGGCACGCUGCGCACCUUCGGCCGCGCCGAGGCGCUGGCGCUGGGCGCGGCGCCGCCGCAGCGGCUGCGCUCGCACAAGCAUCGCUCGCCCGCCAACUCGGACGAGUAUACGCUGUCGCGCGCGAUGACGUUGAUGGUGCGUCCCUCUGAAUCGGAUUCCGAGUCGAGCGGUUCGCCGUGCGCGGAGUGCAAUUCCAGCAGCGCAUCCUACCGCAUGCCCGUCGCGCCUUCUAAGGAGGAGGUGUUCCGCGCCGUGACGGACUCCAGCGCGGAAUCGGGCGACGCGCGCAGCGUGCAAGUGCGGCACGAGCGCGUACACGACAAGCGCCGUCGCCCCAGGCGACACCACACGCCCACCAGUUCGAGGUACCAACAACGACAAGAGCAGGAGAGGCGAGAUUUCACAAUACACGUGUGAACAUGACAAUAAAGACUGCUGAAAGCAACUCUAGGAGAAUUAUAUCAAACAAAUUGUUAAAUGUAAAUCUACGUUUUGAAUCAAAUAGCUAAAUUAAAUGAAACAAAUUGUACAUAGUUUUUAUGCGUUUUGUACUUUGGAUUUAAAAUUCAAGGCCUAUUUGGUAAAUUGUUGGUGGAAAGCGAAGUUGUUAAUAAUAUUUUUUAUUUGAUACUGAUUUUUUUAACUCGUUUCAAAACUUGGUAUUCGUGUUCAAAUGUGUCCUCAGAAAGUAAUUCACGUUCAUCAACAAACUACUGUUUUUUGUGCUUGUAACUUUAUAUAAAUACGUCAUGUGCAUAAUAAUCUCACUACAGUGUACUAAAAAAAC